AAAUCUUAACAAACUGUCGACCAAUGGGCGACUAGAACGUUCACUUAAAGGCAGUACCUCGAAACCCAGUUUUUUAUUCUUUUAGCGUCGUUUGGUGAAACGGUUGUAAUUAGAAGUAAAAAUGAGCGGUAGAGGCAAAACCGGAGGCAAAGCAAGAGCCAAGGCUAAGACUCGCUCAUCCAGAGCAGGACUGCAGUUCCCCGUCGGCCGUGUUCACAGGCUUCUCCGCAAAGGCAACUACGCCGAGCGCGUCGGUGCUGGUGCUCCUGUUUAUCUGGCGGCUGUGCUCGAGUAUCUUACCGCUGAGAUCCUGGAGUUGGCUGGAAAUGCCGCUCGGGACAACAAGAAGACCCGUAUCAUCCCCCGUCAUCUGCAGCUUGCGGUGCGCAACGACGAAGAGUUGAACAAACUUCUGGGCGGAGUGACCAUCGCUCAGGGUGGUGUGCUGCCCAACAUCCAGGCUGUACUGCUGCCCAAGAAGACCGAGAAACCCGCCAAAUCCAAAUAAGUCUUAAGUCUAUCUUAUUGAAACUCAAAGGCUCUUUUAAGAGCCACUCAUUUUAUCUGACAAAGAGCGCUUUUCUUUAAUAAUUGAGUAACUAUAACCGCAGUGGGUUGAUAAAGAAAUCAGGAAGUGAUUCAUCAAAACAAUGAAAAUAUAGGAUUGCUCAGUAAGGGCAUUUACAAAUACAAUAGUAGCAGGAACAAAGUGUUAUUAUGAACACAAUCCGUAACUUGUUUGUUUUUAUAGAGACUUAUUUUGGCAGGAUUGUUUUGUUUGGUUAGUGCGUUUAUGUGGUGACAUGAUUUUGUUCAAAUCCGAGAUAUGUAUAAC